AUGAAGAAUCGAGACGAUAUUGGUCCUAUAGCCAGUGGUGGGACAGUUGCUGUGACGCCCUUGCAAGCUCAAGAUGCACCGACUUAUCUUUUUACGUUCGGAGAUUCUUACACCCAGACCGAUUUCACUGUCGAUGGCACACAGCCAUCUAUCUCAAACCCGAUGGGGAACCCGAUACUAGGGACUGGCACAACGAGCGGUGGUAUCAAUUGGGUCGGAUACUUGACCACUCUAUACAAUGUCUCGCCGGUACUCAGCUACAACUUCGCCGUCAUAGGAGCGACAAUCGACAACUCUAUUGUCGAUAGCAAGGUUAAGGAUGUGACAUCACAGGUCCGGGACUUCGAGUUAGCAUAUAGCAAGAAGCCUACAUCUGCACCAUGGUCUUCAGAUAAUGCGGUGUUUGGGUUUUGGAUUGGGAUCAAUGACAUCGGCCGCGGUCAUCAAAACACCCAACCUAAUGUACUUGUGCCGACAUUAAUGGCCCAGUACAAAUGUCUUAUUGAAAAAAUAUAUGCAUCGGGCGGACGGAGGUUUCUUUUCCUCAAUGUCCCGCCGACAGAUCGGAGUCCUAUGAUCACCAAACAGGGACCGGAAGCCGUCAAAACACACGCUACGUGGGUGAGGGCUUACAAUAGCGGCCUUCAAUCAAUGAUCAGUGACUUUAAGUCCAAUCAUACCGAUACUACUAUCGUUCUUUACGAUACCUGGUCCUUUAUGCCGAAGAUUCUGGACGAUCCUCAGACAUAUGGAUUUCCGAAUGCCACUUGUUUCAAUAAGGAUGGCACAUCCUGCAUUUGGUGGGAUCAUUAUCACCCGGGGCAGAACUACCAUAAACUGCAGGCAGCAGAUAUGGUUCAGUACUUGCAGCCUCUCGGUGCUUGGUAG